AGGCAGCAGCUGGGAGAGAAGGAGACAGACAGGCUGCGUAAAGUGGAGGAAAUAGAGAGAGAGAGAGAGACUGCCAGACUUGUUCUUACAUAAAUGGCGGGUUUCUCCGCGGCACAGGAGGACAAGUGACGGAGACAAAUCUGCUCAAAAUGGCCCAACACCAGGAGGUGGAACACAUCGCCAAACACUUGGAUAAAAUGGUUCACAAGAAGAACACGGACGGAGCUCUCGACCUGCUGAGGGAACUAAAGAACAUCAAGAUGUCUCUGGAGACCCUGCAGUCCACCAGAGUUGGGAUGUCGGUGAACGCGGUGAGGAAACACAGUUCAGAUGAAGAAGUUCAGAUUUUGGCCAAAGUUCUCAUCAAGUCCUGGAAGAAGCUGCUGGACGGUGUAGAGGGGAAGUCGGAUGAAAAGGAGAAGAUGAAAGAAGGCUCCCCUGUGAGGUCAUCGUCCACCUCCAAGGACUCCGGCAACAGCGAGAAAAGCAGUAAGAAGUCAGGGGAGUCCCCCACCACACCCUCCAUGCCCACAACACCCACCUCACCCUCCAUGCCAACUACACCCACCUCCCCCACUACCCCAACCCUACUCCCUCAGGUCGCCUCCUUCCCCCCAGCCCCCGUCACCACCCACAGUGUGCGGAACAAGUGUCGAGAGCUGCUGGUGGCAGCGCUGCAGACUGAUGAUGACCACAAGACCAUUGGAGUCCACUGUGAGAAUCUUGCAGCACAGAUUGAAGAGGAGAUCUUUCAGGAGUUUAAGACUACAGAUAUAAAAUAUAAAACUCGUUUACGAAGCCGCAUCUCCAACCUCAAGGACCAGAAGAAUCCCGACCUGCGGCGUAACGUGCUGUGUGGGAACAUCUCUGCGCAACGCAUCGCCUCCAUGACUGCUGAGGAGAUGGCAAGUGCAGAGAUGAAGCAGAUGAGAGAGAGUCUGACUAAAGAGUCCAUCAGAGAGCAUCAGCUGUCGAAGGUCGGGGGGACUGAGACCGACAUGUUCAUCUGCAGCAAGUGUCGUGGAAAGAACUGCUCGUACACACAGGUGCAGAUCCGCAGUUCUGACGAGCCCAUGACCACCUUUGUGUUGUGUAACGGCUGCGGCAACCGAUGGAAGUUCUGUUGAAGAGGGUGUGUGUGUGAGAGAGAGAGGAAAAAAAGAGUGUGUUAUUCUAUCAUGAAACAAAACUGACUAAGUGAUUUGCAUUGAUUAAACAAAUAUUUAUUUUAUUUUAUUUUUUUAUAAAAGUGAAAGCUGUUGAAUAUGCUAGUUCAUGUUGUGUAUUUGGUUUCAUUUGUUUUGUUUUGAGCACUUUCUUACGCUAGAUGAAGCUCUAAGCCAAAUAGAAAUCACAUUUUGGCCUUAUGGAAAUAGCAGAUGUGCCUUUCUUUGCCAUGUUGUGCUGCCACACUAUUUUGCCCUUAACAUUUCUAUUAAAGUGGCUCUUGGAUUAAGAUCACUUUACUGCACUUUCUUCU